AUGGACCAGAAUAGUUCGCAAAAGUGCCGAAACACUGUCAAAGAUAUCCAUUCUGACGGUCUCAAUCUUGAACUCAUUCCUGUGAUUAAAUUUUCCGCGAACUUAACCAUAACACCACCGCAUUUACGCAAUCAGGAAGCGAAAGAAGCGCUGAAAUAUAAAUGCGUAUUCUCUCUACUCAAAGGCUCGAACCUGAAACACUUUCCUAAAGAAACAAUAACUCCACGCUCGGCGUUCUCUUUUGACGUGCGGAUUAUAAUGAUGAAGGCAGGAUUUAUGAGUCCGCGGUUAGAUAUGUUCGCUGAGCGCGAAAUGAAGCAGGCGUCCGCUAGACCCUUUCUCGUGUGCAUCUUCACCCCACACGCACCUUGUCUGAAUUUUGUAAUUUUCUUUCUUUCUUUCUUUCUUUCUUUCUUUCUUUCUUUCUUUCUUUCUUUCUUUCUUUCUCCGUUUAUUUUUCUUUUCUUGUUAAUUAGUUUUGCCUUUCCCGACUCCAGUUACUGUCGCUUCUCUUCUCUUUCUUUCUUUCUUUCUUUCUUUCUUUCUUUCUUUCUUUCUUUCUUUCUUUCUUUCCAAUUGUCUAUCUCUCACUCCAAUCUCUCCCGCCGACUUUCGUCUUACAUCUACCUUCUCUGGUUGAUCUAUUUGCGUUCUCUUUUUUCUCUCUCUCUUCUCUUCAUUCCACCUUACAUCGCCUCCUCUCUCUUUCAUCAUGAUCUCUUUUCUCCUCUUUAUAUUCGACUAACUUCUUUCUUUCUUUCUUUCUUUCUUUCUUUCUUUCUUUCUUUCUUUCUUUCUUUCUUUCUUUCUUUUUGUAUCUCUUUCUCUAUCUCUUAUCUCAACACCUUUUCUUCCACUCUUUCUUUGUAUUUUGCCACCCUCUUAACUUCUAUUAAUCUCUCCUCCUACAAUCUUCUGUUUCUCUCUCUCAGCGUCUUUAUUUUCCCGCCUUCCCUCUCUCGCUUUAUUCCUAUACAAUUUCUCUUCACUUUUUUUGUUUACUUUUUUCGUACGCUUAUUCACCAUUCCCCUUUUCCUCGUUGUAUUUUUCCUCCUCCCUCUUCAUUUAUCAUUCGGUCUCCCUCUCCCUAUCUUCUCUCAUACCGUUCGCAUCAACUUCUCUCUUUCUUAUUCCUUAUGAAGUUCUAUAUUUCUCCCUCUUUUCUCUCUCCUCUCGUUAACUUCAUUAAUCUCUCUCUCUCUCUCUCUCUCUCUCUCUCUCUCUCUCUGUGUCGUUUUUGUAAAAACCUUUUCCUUUACCACCUUCGAUAUUUUUUUGUGUUUCAAUUUUUAUUCUUUCCUCAUUGCUUUUUCUUCAUUCCAUCUCUUACGCUUGAUUUUGUUUUUACCUGCAACUUUUGCGUAUUCAUUUCUCGCCCUUGUCUUCUUCCUUGCUUUCUUCCUUUCUUUCUUUCUUUCUUUCUUUCUUUUUCCUACCUUUUCUUUCUCUCUUUCUUUCUUUCUUUCUCUCUCUCUUUCUUUCUUUCUUUCUUUCUUUCUUUCUACUUUUAUUUUCCUCUACGCCUUCCCGCCUCUGAGUUUCUUUCUUUCUUCCUUCCUUCCUUCCUUUCUUUCUUUCUUUCUUUCUCUUUUUUCAUUGUGUCCAUUCUCCUUUAUUUCCACCACCCCUUUUUCCUAACUCAUUUUCAAUAUUUUUCUUCUCUUUACCUUUUAUAUUUUCUCUAUUUUUGUCUAUUUCCCACGGGAUAUCCUGGGAUAAUUUACUUCUUGCUUCUUCCUUCCAACUUUUUUCCAUCUAUUUAUUCUCUUUCUGAAUAUCCUAUUCUCUCUUCCCUCACUCCUACUCCCCGACAACCUAUUCAUUCUCUUUCUAUAUUUCUUUCAUACUUUCUCUCUCUCUUUUCCUCCCUUUUCCUCCCUUUCCGUAUGCCUAUUCAUUCUCUGUCUGUCUGUAUUGUUCUCUCCUCCUCUCUCUCUUCACCGCCCUUUCCUUCCUUUACGCUCUGUCAGCCAAUUCACCCACUUUCUGAAUAUCCUAUUCUUUCUCUCUCUCCUACUCUCUGUCAAUGUUUCAUUCGCUUUCUGUGUGUUCUAUUCUCUCCGUUACGCAAUCUCUCUCUCUCUCCCUCUCUCUCUCUCACUCUCUCUCUCUUCACCGUUCUUUCCCGGCUUUACUCUCUUUUCAGCCCAUUCAUUCUCAUUUAUUUCGCUUUUGAUUCUCUCGCAUUGCUGGUCUCUCUUUUCAACUUCCAUUUGCCUUUAUCAUAUCCCCUUUCUUUAUCUCUCCCGACUUUCUCUCAACGUAUUCAUUCUCUUUCUAUACGUCCUCGUCUCUCACUCUCCGAUUUUCUCUCUCUACCUUACUCUCUGUCACUCUUCAAUAGUCUCUCACUCUCUCUUACUCUUGCAUACUCUCGCUCUUCCAUACGCUCAUUUCCUGUUUUCUCAUUUCUUCUCUGUCAGGCUAUUCAUUCUCUUUCUGGAUAUACACAUUUCUCAUUCUCUCUCUUUUCCCUGCUAUCUCUCUCUCUUACUAUCUGUCAACCUAUCCAUUUUCUAUUUUGGUUGUCCUCUUCUCUCUUUCUUACCCUCUUUCUUCGCUGUUCUUUCUCUCCCUUACUUUUUGUCAGCCUAUUCAUUUUCUUUCUGGCUGUCCUCAUCUCUCUUUCCUACUCCCUCUUUCUUGCCCCCCCUUAUUCUCUUUCAGCCUAUUCAUUUUCUUUCUGUCUGUCCUUGUCUCUCUUUUCUAUUCUCUCUUUCUUGUCCCCACUUACUCUCUUUCAGCCUAUUCAUUUUCUUUUUCUGUCUGUCCUUGUCUAUCUUUCCUACUCCCUCUUUCUUGCCCCCCCCCUAUUCUCUUUCAGCCUAUUCAUUUUCUUUCUGUCUGUUCUUGUCUCUCUUUUCUAUUCUCUCUUUCUUGUCCCCACUUACUCUCUUUCAGCCUAUUCAUUUUCUUUCUGUCUGUCCUUGUCUCUCUUUCCUACUCCCUCUUUCUUGCCCCCCCCUAUUCUCUUUCAGCCUAUUCAUUUUCUUUCUGUCUGUCCUUGUCUCUCUUUUCUAUUCUCUCUUUCUUGUCCCCACUUUACUCUCUUUUCAGCCUAUUCAUUUUCUUUCUGGCUGUCCUCAUCUCUCUUUCCUACUCCCUCUUUCUUGCCCCCCUUAUUCUCUUUCAGCCUAUUCAUUUUCUUUCUGUCUGUCCUUGUCUCUCUUUUCUAUUCUCUCUUUCUUGUCCCCACUUACUCUCUUUCAGCCUAUUCAUUUUCUUUCUGGCUGUCCUCAUCUCUCUUUCCUACUCCCUCUUUCUUGCCCCCCUUAUUCUCUUUCAGCCUAUUCAUUUUCUUUCUGUCUGUCCUUGUCUCUCUUUUCUAUUCUCUCUUUCUUGUCCCCACUUACUCUCUUUCAGCCUAUUCAUUUUGUUUCUGUCUGUCCUUGUCUCUCUUUUCUACUAUCUCUUUCUUCUGUCCUCGUCUCUCUUUCCUAAUCUCUCUCUCUCUCUUACUUUCCCCCUUACUGUCUGCCAGCCUAUUCCUUUUCUUUGUGGUUGUCUUCUCUCUUUCCUACUCUCUCUUCGUUGUUCUUUCUAUCCCUUACUCUUUGUCAGCCUGUUCAUUUUCUUUCUGGUUGUUCUCGUCUCUCUUUCUUAUUCUCUCUUUCUUGUUCCCCCCUACUCUCUUUCAGCCUCUUUAUUUUCUUUCUGGCUCUCCUCGUCUCUCUUUCUUAUUCUCUCUUUCUUGUUCCCCAAUUACUCUCUUUCUGCCUAAUCAUUUUAUUUCUGGCUGUCCUCGUCUCUCUUUCCUAAUCUCUCUUUCUUUUUACCCCCUUACUCUCUUUCAGCCUGUUUAUUUUCUUUCUGGCUGUCCACGUCUCUCUUUCUUACUCUCUCUUUCUUUGCCUUCUUCUCACUUUCCUACUGUCUCUUACUUAUUCUUUCCCUACCUCACUCUCUUUCACUCUAUUAAUUUUCUUUCUGGGUGUUCUCUUCUCUCUUUCCUACACUCUUCCUUACUCUCCGUCAGCUUAUUCAUUCUCUUUAUAUCUCUCGCUUUCCUUCUCUCUCUCUCUCUCUCUGCUAUUUUCCUUUGCCAUUAUCUUUCCCCUUUCUCCUUCUCUCUCCCUCUCCCAGCUGUUAUAUCUUAA